GCGGUGCGCGCUUCCGCCCAUCGCGGCGGCCGGAAGGUGAUGUGGCGGAGCGCGGCGCGAUGUCUGCCAUCUUCAACUUCCAGAGCCUGCUGACUGUGAUCCUGCUGCUCAUAUGUACCUGUGCCUACAUCAGAUCCUUGGCUCCCAGCUUACUGGACAAAAAUAAAACCGGACUGUUGGGGGUAUUCUGGAAAUGCGCCAGGAUUGGUGAGAGGAAGAGCCCCUACGUGGCCGUGUGCUGUGUGGUGAUGGCCUUCAGCAUCCUGUUCAUGCAGUAGCAGCUGGAGAGCAUCCCCAAGUCCCCGACAGCAGAUCCUGUGUCAGGAAAGGAUGGGAAGCCUCACCAAGUCUCCUCUCACACGAUGGGUAACCUGUCUCCUGGUGGACACCCCUGCAGAUGGACCAGCAUUAGUGAUCAUAACCCAGAUGAGAUGUGCUUGUUAAUGCCAGGUCAGCACUGACACUCCUGCUGUAACUCAUGGAAGGGUGUCUAGUGCUUGUCUGAGUUUCAGGGGAGUUCUUUCUUUUCUCCUUUUUUUUUUUUCCCCACACCAUGCAGUUGAAAAUGCUUGCUGUUUUUAAUUCUUUAAAGAUUUAUUGUCCGGUAGACUUGUUGAAUGAAACCUUAAAAUGGUAACUCAGCCACAGCAAUAAGACCACUCUCUGCAGAAUAAAGAGCAUUUUGACUCUAGGGGAUGUUUAUCAAAGUAUUGCUGCCUGAACAAUUCCUCCUAAUUUGUAAAUGAUGGCUUCACUCUCAUCCUAAAAAUAUGACCUCUGUCUGACCUAAGUUACACUCAGCUAUUUGUUUCCAAAGUUGUAAUU